ACUAGUAUAUAAUGGUAUAGUUUAUGACUGUAUGGUGUAAUGUGUGAUAUAAUCAAUAAUUUAUUAGUGGCGCACAAGUUUCGGCAAUUGGGCUCUCGAGUGGUGAGCUAUGGGCGCACCAAACGCUAUGAACACAGCAUUAAGGAUAUACCACUCGAUAAAUAUUCGACUGCAUUGGAGGACAUACUCCCGGAAUGUGAUUAUGUGAUAAGUGUAUUGCCCUCAACACCCCAUACAAUAGGUCUCCUCAACAACAAUGCGCUCCAACUCUGCUCUCAAAAGACAUUCGCAGUUUCAUUAGACGUGAAAUUAGCGCAAAACU